AAAAAAUUGCAGUAAACAAUUUAGUAGGUAAGUUAAGUGUAUAAUCUAUGGUAGGUACCGUACUUACCUACUUAAUUUUAAUUAAAUUUAUAAAAAUCUGUAAAAGUUCCAGAAAAUGAUCACAGUAAUUUUGAUGGUGUUAUUAACAACUACAUCUCCUGUGAAAAGUUCAAAUCCAGAAAAAAAGGGCUAUAUUGCGUACUGUCCAUGUAUGGGCAGAUUUGGGAACCAAGCUGAUCACUUUCUGGGUGUUUUGGCUUUUAGUAAAGCAGUUAAUAGAACUUUAAUUCUGCCACCUUGGAUUGAAUACAGGUACGGUGAGCCUAGGUCCAUACAAGUACCAUUUGAUACCUACUUUAAUGUAGAUAAAUUAUUAGAAUUUGCUAAUGUUAUAACAAUGGAAGAUUUCAUGAGAGAAAUUGCACCAACAGUAUGGCCGAUAGAAAAGAGAGUCUCUUUUUGCUACACUCAAAGGACAGGUGAAAUACAAAACAGUUGUAAUGCUAAAUCUGGUAAUCCAUUUGGACCCUUUUGGGAUACUUACAAUAUAGACUUUAACAGAUCAGAGUUUUAUGCACCUUUGAAUUAUGAUGCUCAGAAUGAAAAGAUCUUGGAACAGUGGAAAAUAAGGUAUCCAGUUGAUAAAUGGCCUGUUUUAGCCUUUACUGGUGCUCCAGCUAGUUUUCCAGUACAAAAAGAGAAUGUGGAUAUGCAGAAAUAUUUAAAAUGGAGUAAUGAUAUUGAACACAGAUCAAAACUUUUUAUAAAAAAGAACAUGAGUGGAGGAGGUUUUCUUGGAAUUCAUCUCAGAAAUGGACAAGACUGGGUAAAAGCAUGCCAGCAUGUAAAAGACAGUCCAAUGCUGUUUGCAGCACCACAAUGCGUUGGCUACAGAAAUGAACGAGGCCCAUUAACAAUGUCAAUGUGUUUACCAAAGCCUUCUGAAAUCUUAAAGCAAAUAAAACGAGUAAUAAAGAAACUUAGCGACAUUAAAUAUAUUUUUGUGGCGUCCGACUCUAACCAUAUGAUAGAAGAAUUAAAUGCUGGCCUGCGUCGUCCAGAAAUAAAGAUUUUAAAAUUUCAGCCAUCGUCCAAUCCACACUUGGAUUUAGCUAUUCUUGGACAAGCAAAUUAUUUUAUUGGAAAUUGUGUAUCGUCAUAUUCAGCAUUUGUCAAAAGGGAACGUGACAUGAAAGGGUUACCUUCAGAAUUUUGGUCAUUUCCACAACGAAAGAAAAACAAACAUGAAGAACUAUAGUCUAUGCAUGGAAAUAAUUAGUUAUAACUAAAUAAAAUAAUUAUAAUGUGGGUUGACGUAAAAAUAACGUGGCCAUACGUUCCGCUUUGGGCGGGAUUUUCCCGCUUUCAGGCUGUCCCCAACGAGAACAAAAAUGUCCCGCUUUCAUUUAUCUGUUGUGCAUGUGUUUAUUAGAAACUUACCGACCUUAUACCAAACGCUUAUUUUAUUACAAAAUACUAAAGUAACUAAUUUUGCUGUAGAAAAAUAGUUUUUUUGUUGCGAAACUAUUUUUAUUAUUUUAAGGGCAAGUUGGUGUAAGAAUUAAGAUGACAGUGAGGGUAAGAUACCAUAAUAAAUUAUUUCCAGUCAUUUUUAAACCAUAUUUUUUAUUUUGCACUUAAAUAUUACAUCUUACCCCGACGUACCCUAUAUAUUAUUAUGUAUUUAUUUAUGUACGAAAUUCCGUAGGCGUCCCACUUUGACACGAUAAAAAAUGGUCACGUUACGUAUAAACAAAUAAGUUGCAUAGAUCUAAUAUUUCUCAAUAUGUGCAUACAUAUUUAACAUGUGUAGGUAAUAAAAAUGUGAUCGCUUA